UGGCGGGGCUGGGGCGGCGGGAGAGCGGUGCGCGCGGGCGCUCCGGGGUAGCAGCCCCGACCCCGCGCGCCCGCGGCCGGCAGCGAUGUGGCGGCUGCGGCUGCUCGUCCUGGGGGUGCUGGCGGCGGGCUCCGCCGAGGCCCAGGCGAACUCCAGCGACGGUUUUCUCGAGUUUUCUGUGGGAAAAUUUACGUACUUUCUGCUCAGCCGGCCCUUUCCACGGGAGGCCAUCCUGCGCCACAUUUCAAGCAAUGUGACCUUCCUUCUUUUCCAAAUACACUCACAGUAUCAGAACACCACCAUUUCAUUUACUAAGACUCUCCUUCCCGGCACCACGAGAACAGGCAACGACCAAGGGCUGGUUUUCAUGCUUAGACCGGAGCAGACUGUGUGCACUUGGUAUUUGGAGACAAAAGAUGCCAAGCCUGUCCAAAAUGUGGCCAUUCCACUCUUCUACUCAGAAAGAGAUCCCAUUCCUGGAGGCUGCAAUUUGGAGUUUGACCUAGAUAUUGAUCCCAACAUUUACUUGGACUAUAAUUUUUUUGAAACAACUAUCAAGUUUGCUCCAGCAAACCUAGGCUAUGCAAGAGGUGCGGAGCCUCCGCCGUGUGACGUGAGCACGGGCCAGGAGUCCAGGUGGAGGCUGCGGUAUGACGUGUACCAGUACUUUCUCCCCGAGGGCGACCUCACCGAGGCCUCACUGCUCCAGCAUCUGCAGAGGAUGACCGAGGUGCCCCAGGUGAAGGCCAGUGCGGUCAAGGUGGCUACCCUGACAUCGGACGAUAAAACAACUGUGUCCUUCUCUUCCCUCUGGGGACAAGGAGUCAUUUAUAACGUCAUCGUUUGGGAUCCGUCCCUCAAUACUUCUGCUGCCUAUGUUCCCGCGCACACGUAUGCUUGCAGCUUCGAGUCAGCAGACGGUAACUGUGUCUCUCCUGGAAGAGUAUCUACCAAAGUGUUCUCCACUGCGUUUGCCCUGCUCGGGCUCUUCAUUUGCUUCUUUGGACACAGAUUCUGGAAAACAGAGCUAUUCUUCAUCGGCUUCAUCUUCCUGGGGUUCUUCUUUUACAUCCUGAUCACCAGACUGACGUCCCUUAAGUACGAUGUGCGCCUGGUCCUCACCGCGGUGGCUGGCAGCAUCGGUGGCGUCCUCCUGAUGGCCUCAUGGUGGCGAUUUGGGACCCUCAUGCUCUGUAUGCUGUGUGUUGGCCUUGUGCUGGGCUUCCUCGUCUCUUCUGGGACUUUCUUCACUCCUCUGGGAAAUCUAACAGUGUUUCGUGACGAUGGAGUGUUCUGGGUGACGUUCUCCUGCAUAGCCCUGCUCAUCCUGGUCAUCUUCAUGGGCUGCCUAAGGAUACUGAACAUCCUGGCGUGUGGAGUCGUGGGCUCCUACUCCGUGGUGCUGGCUGUUGACAGUUAUGUCUUCACCAGCCUCUCCUACAUCACUCUGAAUGUCCUCAGGAGAGCGCUCAACACAGACUUCCGAGGGGCUUUCGUCGGAGUGCCUUUCCAGACUAAAGACUUCCUCGUCCUGGCCAUGUGGGGGAUGCUGGCUGUCAGUGGAAUUACCCUGCAGAUUCGAAGAGAAAGGGGACAGCCGCCUUUCCCGCCCCAUCCCUACAAGCUGUGGAAGCAAGAGAGAGAAAGAAGAGUGACGAACAUUCUGGACCCCAGCCACCAUAUCCCUCCCCUGAGAGAGAGGCUGUUUGGCCGAUUGACUCAGAUCGGAGCGCUCUUUCAGAAGGAACAGCCGGCUGGAGAGCGGACGCCCCUGCUUCUGUAGAAGGCCGAGGGCGUGGUCAGUGUGCCUCACCCUGGCGUUCUCAUCUAGACUGCCCAGCCGUCCCAGGUCCAGAGUGGGAUCAGCUGUGGUCAGCGAUAGGGUGACGCCCUGCCGAUGUGAGGAGGAUCCGAGGUGACAGAAAAAUCACCCGACGGCUGGUUGUAGAUGCUUUGCUUCACUAUCCAGUCUGUAGAAGUUUCCUUUGUUUAUAAAUACGAUUGAUGUGUUUUAUACAAUACACAAUAAAAGUGUCAGUUCUCCUUAAA